UUACAGAAAUCGGAAGAUCAUGGAGAAAAGCUGUUCAGACUGAGGACUCGUCAGACACAGAGCUGAACCUAACUGAGGUAACAAUAGAAGAAGCUCCAGUGGAUGCUACACCUGUACUGCAGAAGGUGGCAGACUCCAGAUUUGUGUGCUUUGACCCUGCAUUUCCUGUACCCAUCUUUGAUCCUGCCUUGUCAGAAAACAAGUACCAGUUAAGUUCUACAGAAUUUAGACCUCAAAAGCAGAUGAGGGUAAGUCAUAUUGAAUCUCCAGUUUUGGAAGCGUCUGGAAUACAAGAAAGUGAGACAACUGAAGCACAGGGAUUACAAUACGCUGUUUUGAACAAAAGUUCUGUAGAUGAUCUAGAAGAACAUACUUCUCAAUGUGUAAAGAGCAUCAUGAAUACUCCAGACGUAUGUUCAGAAAACAGUUGUGGAACGAAUGUUCUACCUUCAGACCGUUUUCAGGGUUCCUUAAUGGGUGGGAUGCUGCACUGGAAUAUGUCUUCAUUGUUAAAUUCUAUCAGUGGUGAAACUGCCUGCCUGGGUAUAUUGGGUGAGACACUUGAGGGGUGUCUUGAAGGAGAAGAACUUAGUAAUGUAGAUGCCAACACAUCUGCAAGCUUUGAGUCUGAUUUUGACAUAAUGGACAGCCCAUAUGAAAGAGGUGUUUCAAAAAAUGAGGAGGAUAUUAAAAGAUCAAAGUUAGAUCUACAGUCCCUGUUCAACCCACAUGAAGCGCUGAAAAAGACUCUAUCUGUAAGUGAAGAGGAGCUGCAUCAAAUUCUUUAUGGAGAUGAAUCUGUAAGCUCUAUAUCAGCUGCAAGUCUAGCACCAGAAGAAGGAGAAAGUGAUGAGUUCUCCAGUUCUCAAGAACUGUUCUUCUUAGAUGAAGAAUUUACCAAGAUGCCAUCACCAAAAUCCCCUAAUGAAAGAAAAUAUUCCCUGUCAUCUUUGCUGGUAUCCUGUCAACGUCUGGAGGAAAUGGCAUCAAUGCUCCAUGAAAUCCCAUUAGAAAUAAAACAUAAAUUGAAAGAUAAAGAGCAUUUGGAUGAGAAGACAGCCAUGAAGGAACCAUCAUCAGAAUAG